AUGUAUUGGAAUAUACAACGCAUAUUAAAUAAAGAACUAAAAUACGUUACAAAGAGGUAUGUUUGUAAAAGUUAUAUUCACUUGGAGCUGUAUCGAUACAAUUCGACACUAAACAAACCGCCGCCGCAAUAUUCCCUCCUCAAAAUGAUGUUAGAGGAGCCCAAAACCGUGGGACCGGCAAUAUUAUCGGUGAUUUUUUCAUCUGGCGUACUGCUUGCAUUCCCCAGAACACUGGGUCGGCUGCUAAAUGAUUUGGAUACACUGAAUCUUGCAAAAUGCAUUGGUCUAGUAUCCCUAGCCGCCACUGCCAGUUUCUUCAAAACAAUCUCCGCAACCAUCGCCAUGGAACGAAUUGCAACUAGACUCAGAACCACUACGUUUAAUUCGUUGCUAAGAAAAGAUUCUGUUUUUUUCGAUAAGACCCACUCUACUGAUUUGGCAAAUUUAUUAUCAAGCGAUAUAACCAUCGCAUCCUCUGCAAUACAUCACAUAUGCACAGCCAUAAGGAUGUCCAUAACGUCAGUUUUUGGCGCAGGACUAGCAUUAUACUUCUCACCGCCUAGUUUAUUUGCCGUGAUUCUUACACCUGCAACUCUGGGAUUGUGCCUAGUAGUGAUUUAUGGGAGAUAUGCCAGAAAGUUGACCAGGUAUAAAGCUGAGUGCUUGGGCAGUGCCAUUCAGUAUGCCCAAGAGAGGUUAUCUUCCAUUAAGAUUGUAAAAGCUUUCAACGCACAGAAUAUAGAGGAGGUUAACUUCAAAAGAAAGAUCACAGAUAUGUAUAUGUUGUCCAGAAAGGUUGCGCUGGCCGCUGGCAUCAAUGAUGCCCUUUCCGUGGCCUUUAUCGGUUUUUCAGUUCUACUAAUUAGCCACCUAAGUGCAUCAACGGUUGCCAAUGGCAUUAUGAAUAUCGGCGAUAUCUCUUCGUUACUACUUUACACCGUCAUGUCUGGAGGUGGAACCCAAGGAUUUAUUACUAGCAUGGGCAACCUUCAAAAUUGCCUAGGGGCUGCAUCUAGGGUAUUGGAGCAUUUACAUGAUAAGGAAUUGGCGAUGAUUCCAGUGCCACACAUCAUUACUCCAUCUGGGAUCCUGUUUGAUAAUGUAAAAUUCGCAUAUCCUACUAGACCUAAAAAGGAAGUGUUGGGUGGAUUGACGCUGAAUAUUCCAGCCGGGGCUAAAGUGGCAAUUAUGGGUAAAAGUGGAUCUGGAAAAAGUACGAUAAUACAGCUUUUAAUGAAGUUAUAUGUGCCGACUAGUGGUGAAAUUUAUAUCGAUGGCAAGCGCAUUGAUCAAAUUCCUGAUGAUGUGCUAAGAUCUCAGAUUUCUUGGAUUUCUCAGGAAUAUCCUGCCUUUUCAACUUCCAUUAGACAGAACAUCACAUACCCAUUGGACACCGCCCAGGAAAAUGAUUUGCAGAAAGCUUAUCGGCUCUCUGGCUUAACAUCUUUCAUAGAUAACCUACCACAAAGGGAUUUAACUUUUGUUGGUGAAGGAGGAAGAUCGCUAUCAGGCGGUGAAAGGCAGCGUAUCAACCUAGCAAGACUAUUUCUCAAUAGUCGAAAUAUACUAGCACUUGAUGAACCCACAGCAUCACUUGAUAAUCAAUUGGAGUUAGAGAUCGUUAAGUCGCUCAAAAUGAUAAGUAAUCGCACGGUUCUACUGAUUACACACAGAACCGCAUUGAUUGAUGCAGUGGAUUUUGUGAUAACUCUCACUAGUGGUUAG